GGAAGUUAGCAGGUAUAAAAUCAUACUUGCCUAUCGCAACUUCCUCAGUUUGAUCACGUUUGGGCAGCAGGUUGACGACGGCAAAAGUGUGAGAAAAUUGAUUGACAAGUUUUUGGACAAUGGGCAGCUAUCGUUGUCGGCGUUUCGUUUGCGCAGCGCUGCUAUUGCUGUUGGCUGCGGUACUACCUUUGAGCUCCGGCUUGUCCGGAUUAGUUUUGAGAAACAUUAAGGCCACCGAUUGGUGGCAACGGGCCGGGUUCUAUCAGAUUUAUCCAAGAUCGUACAAGGACAGCGAUGGCGAUGGUAUCGGAGAUCUGAAGGGGAUCACCGAGAAGCUGCCGUACAUUAAGGAAAUUGGGAUGCAUGCUUUUUGGCUGUCGCCAAUCUACAAGAGUCCUAUGGCUGACUUCGGGUAUGACAUUGCUGAUUUCCGGGACGUUCAUCCGGACUACGGAACGAUGGCCGAUUUCGAGGCAAUGGUUAAGAAAGCCAAGGAGGUUGGUUUGAAGGUGAUACUGGACUUUGUGCCGAACCAUUCCAGUGACGAGCACGAGUGGUUCGUGAAAAGUGAAAAUAGCGAAGGCUCUUACACGGAUUACUACGUGUGGCGUGACGGAAAAUCGGAAACUGAACCUCCCAAUAACUGGGUUGAAGCGUUCCGAGGAAGUGCUUGGAAGUAUAGUGAAAAACGGAAGCAGUACUAUCUACACCAAUUCCAUUACAAACAGCCGGACCUGAACUACCGGAACCCAUUGGUAGUCGAAGAGAUGAAAAAUGUUCUCCGCUUCUGGUUGGGUAAGGGAGUUGAUGGGUUCCGCGUUGAUGCUGUACCCUGGCUGUUCGAGGAUGUCUCUCUUCGAGAUGAACCUAUUUCCGGCAACUCGGAUGAUCCUUUGCGACCGGAAUAUCUGAACCACAUCUAUACGCAAGAUCUACCGGAAACAGUCGACAUGGUUUACCAGUGGAGGGAAGUUUUGGAUAGCUACCAAAAGGAGAAUGGAGGAGACACUCGUAUUCUCAUGACGGAAGCUUGGUCCGGACUUAACAUCGUACAGACUUACUUCCAGGAUGUCAACAAGCGACAGGGAUCCCAGAUGCCCUUCAACUUUCAACUGAUUUUAUACCUCAAUGAAAAAUCCACGGCGAAAGACUUCCACAGCGUUAUCCAAAACUGGUUGAGCUAUAUCCCAGAUGAUCAUACACCAAAUUGGGUGCUUGGAAACCACGACAAGCGACGGAUCGCUUCCAGAAUGGGCGGCGAACAUAUGGUGGACAUCAUGGAAAUGGUUGAACUGUCUCUUCCGGGGGUCUCGGUGACCUAUCAGGGGGAAGAAAUCGGCAUGCUGGACUAUGAAAUCAGCUGGGAGGAAACUCUUGAUCCGGCGGCCUGCCAAACCAGCAAAGAUGUCUAUCAGCUGUACACGCGAGACCCGGCACGGACUCCCUUCCAGUGGAGCAACUCGUCGAUGGCAGGCUUCACAACUGGUACCAAAACGUGGCUCCCGGUGAACACCAACUACGCAACCGUAAACGUCGAAACGGAGAAGGCCGCCACCAUUAGUCAUCUGAAAAAUUUUAUGGAACUAAUGAAGAUCAGGGCGGAAGACGACUUCCAAAACUGCAUCUACGGCACGUAUCCGUUGAGUGACGAUGUUUUCGUCGUUCUGCGCGUCACCAGUUCAAGAGUGUUUCUUACGAUUGCCAACUUGGCCGACAAAACGUCAACGGUUAAUGCAGCAUCCGUGGUAACUUCUGUCGGUAAAUCCUGUGACAAUUUUUGGGUCCGAGUACGAAGCGCAACUUCAAAACGGAGCUUGAAGGAAACUGUAGAUUUGUCCAGUCUAACGCUUCAACCGUGGGAAGCCUUGGUCGUCGAAAGCAGCGGAGUUCUCAGACAUUUGUCCAGCUUGACGAUGCUAGUUGCCACACUGUCGAUGGGCUUGUUGAAGCGAUGGGCGCUAUGCUAGUUUAUCUCCCAAAUCACUCAAUUAAAAAAAAAAGAAAAAAGAAAAAACAAAACUCUUUAAGAAUUAAGCAUGUGUGGCGUGUAAAUACUAGAGUUGAAAAAUCGAAUAU